CUUUCUCUCUCUCUUUCUCCCAGACCAGAAGCGCCUGUAUGUGUGUGUUCAGACAGUGAUGAAAGCGGCCAGCACGUUCCCAUAAAACACAUUUUAGCUCUCUGUGGAGUGCAGCGAGGUGUGAGUAUAGGUGCUGAGGCGCACCACUCUGUCCCUGAGGACAAUCACUGCUGCGGAAAAAAGAGGAGAGAGAGAGAGAGAGAGAGACAGAGAGGAGAAAAGAGCGAGAAGCUGAGAACAAAUGGCCAAAAGGAGGUGAUGAAGCGUUGGGAGACGUUCACUAAAUGACUGAGGUGGGCCGUUUGUGAAGUUCAGCCCUGGUUCGCGCGACAGUAGGUGUACAUCAUCUCUGAGGUUUUAUUUUUAAAAAAUGGAGUCAGCUCACCUUCUGAGUGGCUCCAAGAAGAGAGUGAAGAUCCACCCUCACACAGUCACAGCCAAGUAUGCCACGCAGACCCCCUACAGUCCCCAACCUGGAAUACACACCCAUUUCCCCCAACCAGGCGACGAGGGCUAUGACGAUGCCCCAUCAUUCGAGGACUUUGGCUCAUUCUUGGAGGAGACAUCCGACAGGAAACGGCUCACGGAGAGCAAGAGGUGGCCCUUGAAGUUGUUUGGCUCCAAAGACAAGGACACAGCUCAUAAACUUCAAGCCACUGGGGGAGCAGAGGGGAGUGAGCUGGGAGCCAAAGCAGUGAAGGGAUCUGGGAAAGGGGUUGGAGAACAGCUGGCCAGUUUCGGUGAAGCGUCUGUGUCUGCGUCUCGGCUCACCUGGUUGGGGCUGCUCGGUGCGGCGCUUGCACACGGCUGCCUAAUUGCCCUGACCCGCCUGGCCUCUGAACGCUUUGGCCUUGGACCCCUGUUUCUUCUCUUGGUGAGGUCUGUCAUCCAGCUUCUGUCAGUAGCAGUCCCACUGCACAGGGCGGAGAACCCGUUUGGGCCAGAAGGAUAUCGGCUACGUCUGCUCUGUUACGGCAUUGCGUACUCACUCUCCCUCUGUUGUGCAUACUCCUCCUUAACUUUCGCCUCCUCUGAAAAUGGUUCAACAACUUGGCGACUGGCAACCACCGCUCUGUCAGCAACCCUUGCCUUCCUGCUUCUGGAGGAAAAGCUGGGACUGGCUGAUGGGAUAACUUUAGCCGCUGGCCUGUGCGGAUUGGGUCUUGUGUUGCUUCCCACGGCAGAUGAGAGCUAUGAAGACGCACCAGUCGACCCGGUCACAUUCUGGAGAGGCGCCUUCGGAUGGUCUCUUUCGGCACUAGCGGGAUUGUGGAUGGCCCUGGCGCUGGUUGGGUAUCGCUCACUGAAAGACAGAGUGGGAGUUGGCACUGCCUUGUUCACUGUGAGUUGGACUGGUUGCCUGCUCACCCCAGCUACUAUGAUCCUGCUCCAGGAGGGCUGGUCUUGGCCUAUGAGUUUACCAGCAUGGGGCCUUGUCCUGGGCUUAGUUGCCUGCUCUAUAGCGGCCUUCCUGGGAAUGACACAUGCUCUCACCCGACUCCACCCAGCUCUGGUCUCCGCCUCGCAGAGCUUGGAGGUGCCUGUAGCCAUGUUCCUGCAUUUGGCCCUACUCCCUCUGGCUCCCACCGCUCCGGAAGUUGUUGGGAACGUGAUGAUCGUGCUGAGCGUCGGGUGGCUGGUGGCAAUGAAGUUGCUGCCCUCUCGAGGUGCGGGACGGCGCCAGAGGGAGGAGUAUGAGGAGAUUCUGGACUCACCUAUCAAAUAGACAGACGCAUUCUCUCUUCCCCUCACCCACACGUUCUCCUUCAGGAGGGUGGUUCCAAUGUACAUAAGAGACUGCUAGAUGUUCAUCAGAGCUUGAUCUAUUUUGUAUUGUUGUUUUUGCUUAGAAGAAAGUGCCAAUAUUGUGUUGUCUGUCAAGUGACUACAUGAUGUGAAAAUAAAAUCUC